GUGUAUACAACAGUUAGUUGAUAGACAUCUUCUGGCAAGAUGGCGAAUGCUGUGAUGAUCCACAACAUCACACACAGUGACCUACUGCUGGCGCUACAGUGCAACGACGAAGAAUGGACUGCCCAGUCCAAAUCUCGCACACAAACUGUUGGCGUGGAGAAGGGGUUGAUGGGAAGACCCCAGUAUGCAAUGUUUCAGCCGAUCACUAACAAGGUGUUGAGGGGUAUAAAGAAGCAAGGUGUGGUAACUUGA